AUGACAGACAUUGAUUUAAGCGAUCUCGAAAGAGGACUUCAUGAUUUAUUCGAGUAUGCAUUCGUCACAAACUGCAAACUAGAUGAUGCUGAAGUAACUCCAGAAGAAAGGCAAACUCUUGGAGAAUUAGACUCAUUAGAAGUUCUUGAAAAUUUUAAAGACCUCAUUCUAGAGCUCAUCAACUUUAAGAAAAAUCAUAAAAAUUCAGACGCCGCUGAACUCAACCAGCGUUGUGAACAAUUUGAAAAAAUGCUGCAAAAACUAGAAGCUGAAGUCAGAAAUCAUAUCAGGGUUGAGCAUCAAUUAAAGCUUCAUAUAGAAAUAUUAACAUUAACUAUUAUCAAGAGGCCCAUCGUAAUAGCUAGGGUUUCCCCCGCGCUCUACUUUCACCCUUCACGCUUCACCCGGUUGCUCACCACCAAUCUAUCACGACCUUCAAGGUGUUGCUCCUACUGGACGAGGAUGUGCACUCGCUGCCCGUAGUUGGAUGAGUUAGACCACCCAGCAGUACGUCAACAGAGGCUGCCCAUUCCGAAAAUUUGAAAAAAAGUUCUGGUUGGACUGUCGGCCAAAAUGGAAAUCCAAAGCCUGGGACGUAACGCCCAGUUUCACGUUAGGGAGUUGCUCGAUUGAUCAGGUGGUACCUUCCUGAUGCUGCUGAGCUUCCCCUUUCCAACCUUGAAAGCCAUUUCCCCUGAGGCAAAACCCCUGGUAUCAGAAUGAGCUGCGGUCGGCCUAAUCCGGCGUUGUGCUCUACUGUACCAAGGAAAACCUAGUGGAUACACAUUCCGAGCGCCUUUCUCUCUACCACAAGGGUCCCCCGUGAGCGCAGGCUACAGAUGUUGGGAAAAAGGGCUGGAUCGCCGUCGCCCAUUUUAAUGUAUAUGCUUCAUAUAGAAACAAGUCAAAGCAAAGUCGAUGAACUAGAAAAAUCCAAUGAGCAAGCCAACGCUAAAAUCAAAAAGCUGGAAAAUAAGCUGCUGAAUCUUGAAAAAAACCCUAAGCAGAGGCAUAACGAAAAUAAGCCGAACAAUGAGAAAACUUUGCCAAAGGACCUUUUUAUUAGGAAGGAUACAGAAGAUAAAAUCACAAAGCUGGAAGAAAUUGCUGAAAAAAGAGAGAAAUUUAUACAAAAACUCGAAUCAGAGUUUGCCACAACAAAGUCAUUAUUAGAAGAAAAAUCAAAAGAGUGUGAAAAAUAUAAAAAAGAAAUUAUAAAACUUAAAGAAAAAGAGAAGGAAAAAAGCGGGGAUUUUAGAGUGAUAAAUAAUAUUGACUAUCUAAAGAAGAGGAUUGAAGAAAAAUCAAUUGAGCUUGGAAAAGUUCAAAUCAGGGUGAAAGAUAAAACUGGUGAAAAAUCUGCAUUUAUAAAAGAAAGAGGAAGAAACACAAGGGGAUCGUUAGGGGAAAUUGAUUUGAUGAGAAAUGCAUCACCAGAUGGCCUUAGAAAAGAAUUGACUGAACCUCCUCUUAGACAUCAUGAUGAUAAAAAAGGAAAUGGAACUAUAAAAAGACCAAGGAGCUCUUCAAGAGGGCACAUUAGAAGUGCGUCUGAUCAUGCUCGUCCAAACAGUUCAAAAAGAGCGCCUUCGAGGUAA